AGCGCGUACCGAGCGACAGUUUGCCCUCCGUACCACGGCGAGGAGGACGUGUGUUCUCGUCGUUCGUCCGUUCUCUUUCUCUCUAUUUCAUCCUCGCCUUUUAUACAUAUAUACUUUUUUCGUCUCGCGUUUAUUCCUCACAAAUCGAGUCUCGUUUUUCUUAUCGAGUGCGUGAUCUUCUAGGCAAUAUACGUAUAUACGUAUUUUCUCGUCGAAAAUUUCCGUGUUUUUUCGAAGUGUCAAAGUGAAAAAUUAUUGGGAGAAUAAAAUAGAGAAAAAAAGAGGAGAAAACAUAAAAUAAAGAAGACGAAGAGGGGAAAAAGGGGACGAAGAAGUAGAAGGAAAAAGGGGGAGAACAUUGUAGUAGGUAAUAGCAAGGAGGACACGCAACAAACGCACGCACGCACAUACGCGCGCACACGCAUCACAUAUUUAUACAUAUAUAUAUAUACAUAUACAUAUAUAUAUAUAUAUAUAUAUAUAUAUAUGCGUCUUCUUCGUGACUUUGAGAAGACGACGAAUAUCAUCUCGGUCGAAGAAGCUUUUAAAGUUUUAUUCGUCGCGCGACGAGGAAUGCUCGCGCGCGAAUACGAGCGAGCGUGCGUCUCGACUUCGAAAGAAAAAGUGAUUGAAGAAGAGAAGGAGGAGGAGGAAGAGCAGGAGGAGGAGAAGAAGGAGAAGGUGGUGGAGGAGAAAGAGGAGCAACAUCAGCAGGAACAACAGUUAGAGCAGCAUCAACAGUUACAACUAGACUUGCAAUUACAGCUACAGUUACAAAAGCAUCAGCCGGUGGUAGAAAUUGUAGAUAGGCAGAAGUUAGGCGUCGCGACGCGAUGAUCACAUCGGCCGUCGGCGUCGCGACGCACGAUACCAUGGAGAGGAGGUGUGCCAUCCUCGCCAGAACGACGUCGACGAUGACGACGACGACGACGACGACGACGACGACAACAACAGCAGGAGCAACGACGGCAACGACGACGAUGACGAUGACGACAGGAACGGCAACAACGAUGACUACGACGGCAACGUCGACGACGACGACGACGACGACGAUGACAACGACGAGGAGGAGGAUUGCAAGCAGCGACGAAUCCUUUAUAUAUUCAUUUUCCUCGUGUUACGACGAUGAUAAUGAUCAACGAUUUCUUCGAGACGCUUCGAAGAUGACAGGUUAUGUGUACGAGAUCGUUAGUGAAACUCCAUUCGUGAAGGUGGAUAAUAAUACUACUACUACUACUACUACUAUUACUACUACGACUACUACUACUACUACUAAUGCUAAUGCUAAUGCCAAUGCUAAUGCUAAUGCUAUUACUUCGAUUGGCUUGGAUGGGGAAAGUGACGUCAUCGAGCACAUCGCACCUGUCAUUCCGAAGAGUUCACGAAAGGAGGAAUCUCCCCAACGACAUCACCGAAGCGUUCGACCCUACUCAUCGAGGAUCGAGCGACCAGUGGUAAAACGAGGUCUGCAUACGUGGCUUGGACAAGCAUGCACCAAGAUUUAUGGACAAAGCAACAGCGGGAAGAAUGGAUUACGUUUGCUUUUAUUGGCCUGCCUGAUCGUAUUGAGUAACGCUGGAUUUUGUCCUAAUGGUUGUACUUGCGACGACGAUACCUUGGUCGUAUCCUGCGUAGGCGCUAGCUUGGAAGUUAUACCGAUCGCUCUUAAUCCGAGCAUACAACGAUUGGUAUUGAAAGAGAAUCGAAUAAAGACCGUCGAGGCUGCUGUAUUUCAAUUUUACGGCGAUCUCAAGAACGUCGACCUGUCGAGCAAUCAUCUGUUCAACAUUCCAGACGGUAGCUUCGAGGCGCAAAAACAAGUGGUGGAGUUGCAUCUGAAACACAACAAGAUCUCGGCAUUGACGGAGAAGACGUUUCAAGGGUUGAAGUCACUGACGGUACUAAAUUUGCGGGACAAUUAUUUAGAAAGUCUGAAGAACGGUCUCUUCGCGUCCCUACAAAAGUUGGAGGAACUCGAUCUUGGUCAAAAUCGAAUCUCGAAGGUUGAGCCCAAUGCCUUUCAGAAGCUCGGCACCCUGAGGGUCCUAUAUCUCGACGACAAUCAACUGAGAACGAUACCGUCGCCCGCUCUGGCGCCAUUGAACGCCCUUGCCGAGCUUCACAUAGGUUGGAACGCAUUUUCGACGUUGCCGGACGAUGCUUUCAAAGGGCUCGAACAGCUGACCAUUUUGGACGUUAUGGGCGCCGGUUUGGACAAUAUCAGCGACGGUGCUUUCCGAGGUCUUAACGCUUUACGUACUUUGAAACUUGGCGGGAACAAGUUGCGCGAAGUACCGACAAAGCAGCUCGCGGUACUACCACGGCUCGAGGAACUCACUCUUGGUCAAAACUCCUUUACCAUUUUGAGAUCGGGCGCCUUUCAGGGUCUCUCGAAACUCAAGAAGCUCGACAUCUCCGGCUCGAAGCUCUUGACCACCGUGGAACGCGGUGCCUUUUCGGACAAUGCCAACUUGGAGAGUCUCGUGUUGAACAGCAACAAGCGUUUAGCCACGAUGGAGGACGGUUCCUUGGCGGGAUUGCCGAAUCUCCGACACCUUAUGUUACGGGAUAACGCGUUCACGAGCUUUUCCGAGUCCCUCGUCGCUUGGAACGAGCUACGUAGAUUGGAUUUAAGCGAGAACCCGAUCGUAUGCGAUUGCAGUCUGAUGUGGUUGGCCGAGGUGCUCGUGCCACGAAAUUCUAGUCCCGUGAUAUGUGCCGAGCCGGCAGAAUCCAAAGGGAAAUCGAUCAAGGGUAUGACGCCGGACGAGCUGGGUUGUGCCUUCUCGGAUCCUCGUAAACAGGCCCUCCUGGCGACUCUAUGCGCGGGUGGUCUCGCCCUUUUUACAGGCCUAGCCCUGAUACUCUAUUACAGAUGUCGAAGGCGCGUCAGGGACGCUUUGAAAGAUUACAAGUGGAAGAAUCGCGGUAUAUCGAGGAAGGAACACGAAUACCAAAAGACCUUCUCCGAGGACGAAUACAUCGUCAGAUCGGCCCACGCUCAUCAUCAUCAUCAUCAUCAUCAAACCCAGAAUCAACCUAUACCGCCUCACCAUCAUCAUCAUCAUUUGCAACAGCAACAACAGCAGCAGCACCAAUUGCAGCAACAGCAACAGCAACAACAACAGCACGGGCAAAUGACGGUGGGGAUGAAGCCGAUACCCGUGACGGAACUUACCACGCUCGCCGAGGGCUUCACCUACAUCGACGGUGAGACGGCGCGUCAAAUGCGUCGUCCGGGAACGCUGCCCGCGUCGAGCGGUGGUCAUCAUCAUCGCUCCAGUGGAGGAGGAGGAGGAGGAGGAGGAGGAGGCGGUGGCGGUAGCGGUGGCGGUGCUGGUGGAGCAGGAGGUGGAGGCGGGGGUGGUGGGCCAGGUGGAAUGUCAAUCGAGGAGAGCUCAUCGUCCUUGAACGGUACCGGUGAUGAUCGUGCCGUCGCCGGAAGCGGUUCUACCGUUCCCGGUGCUUCCGGUAGCGGCAAUAACGGCAGCACCGGUAGAUCGCAUUAUUCCAAUCUCUCGCUGCGUCGUACGCCACAGCCGCCUCAGCUGCCGUCGAGGGGCAACGAUUGCAUCGAUAGGAUGCACAGCGAGUCGAGGAUUCAGAACGGAAUACCCGGACACCAUCCACCCCCGCCUCUACCCUCGAGGCACCAAUCCACUUGCUCCCAAUCCUCUUAUCCGACGUUGCCCGUUAACGGACACGGAGCUCAUCACUAUCAUCACUAUCCCCGUGAGCGGGACAAGGAUAGAUCGUCGACACGCGAGAGGAAUAAUCGUGAGAGGGAUGGUGGAGGGCCUCGUGCCGACAAACAUCGUGAGGCACAACUAGAGAUGGAACUUCACGAUGGUCUCGAUGUUGCCGGCAUUGGAACUUAUCGAGCGUAAAUAAUAUGGAACGACGUUCGUUUGAAAAUCUCUUACAAAAUUGACAUCGUUCUUGUGACCGUCGAAUUAAACUGUGGACGGACCGACCGACUGACCGACCGACCGACCGACCGACCGACCGAUGGACCGACUGACCAACCGACUGACCGACCGACCGACCGACCGACGAUGUAUUAAAAACUUUUCCAUUGGCCGAUACGACGGACGUUAAGGGACGAUAAUAAUCUCAUUGGGAUUCGCAAGUCUUGCUCCGUUGUUGCCUUGGUGCGCGAUAGACGCGAUCUUGACGUAACACAACUAUGGA